AUGGCCCAAAAGGCAUCUCAGUCGAUACCCAGCAAGGUGCACACCCGUGCCGAAGUUGCUGAGCAUAACACAGAGGACGACGUAUGGUGCAUCAUUGAUCACAAAGUCUACGACCUCUCGGACUUUCUCGACGCCCAUCCCGGUGGCAAUGUCGUUCUGCAACAGGUGGCCGGCCAGGACGCCACAACGGCCUUCUACAACCUCCACCGUCAUGAAGUGCUCCAGAAAUACGCCAAUCUCUGCAUUGGCACAAUUGAAGGCGAGAAGCCCGAAGUCAUAGAUCCCAAACCGGGCGACCUGUCGAGAGUGCCUUAUGCGGAGCCCUUGUGGUUGACUCCACAAUUCAAAUCCCCCUACUACAACGCCUCUCAUCGCGCCCUUCAAAAAGCCAUGCGGGAAUUCGUAGACCGGGAUAUCUACCCCGAAGCCCAAGAAAAAGAACUCGACGGCACGUACAUCUCUCAAGAACUGGUCGACAAGAUGGCAUCGAACGGCCUCCUCGCCAUGCGUCUCGGCCCCGGCAAGCAUCUCUACGGCCGCAAACUACUUGGCGAUGUGAAAGGCGAAGAGUUUGACUAUUUCCACGACCUUAUCGUCGCCCAGGAGCUCUCUCGCGGCAUGGCAAGAGGUUUCCAAGACGGAAACAUGGCGGGCAUGAUGAUCUCACUUACAGCUGUGCGACAGUGGGCAAACGAUUCGGCGUUGAAGGAUAGAGUCACCGAAGAGUGUCUAAGCGGGAGGAAAUUCAUGUGUCUUGCCAUCACCGAGGCGUUUGCAGGCAGCGACGUUGCGGGGAUCAGGACGACAGCUAAGAAGACCGAGGACGGGAAAUAUUACAUAAUCAACGGGACGAAGAAAUGGAUCACCAACGGCAUGUUCGCGGAUUACUUUGUCACGGGCUGUAAAACCGAAAAGGGAUUCAGUGUCAUCCUGGUGCCACGAGACGACAAUGUGGAGACUAAACGCAUCAAGACAUCAUAUUCCACCGCGGCGGCGACCACAUUUAUCCAGUUCGACAACGUCAAAGUGCCGGUGAACCAUCUUCUGGGCAAGGAGGACAACGGGUUCAUCGUCAUCAUGAGCAACUUCAACCACGAACGCUGGGCCAUGGCCUGCUCGGUGAUCCGCUGGAUGCGCACCAUCGUGGAAGAGUGCCUCAAAUGGACGAACCAGAGGAUCGUCUUCGGGAAACCCCUGGUGUCCCAGCCGGUGAUCCGACAGAAACUCGCCAAGAUGAUCUCCCUCACCGAGGCGUGCCAGUCUUGGCUCGAGACCAUCACGUACCAGAUGAACCAGAUGGACUAUGCGCAGCAGUCGAAGCUGCUGGGCGGGCCGAUCGGGCUGUUGAAGUCGUACGCGACACGGUGCGCGCACGACGUCGCGGACGACGCGGUCAACAUCUUUGGCGGCCGCGGCAUCACGCAGACGGGUAUGGGCCGCUUCGUCGAGCAGUUCCACCGCACGUACAAAUUCGACGCCAUCCUGGGCGGCGCCGAGGAGGUCCUGGCCGAUCUCGGCGUCAGGCAGGCCAUCAAGCAGAUGCCCAAGGCCAUGCUGUGA